AUGGAAGAGAAUGGAUCAAGCUUGGAGUCACCUGUGUGCGCGGGCUGUGGCGGACUGAUCUCAGAUCGGUUUUACCUGCUAGCGGCGGACAGACAGUGGCACGAGCGCUGUCUGAAAUGCUGCGCGUGCCACGCUGACCUGGAGUCAGAGCUCACUUGCUUCUGUAAACACGGAGACAUUUACUGUAAAGAGGACUAUUACAGGAGGUUUUCUGUGCAUAGAUGUGCGCGGUGCCACCUUGGGAUCUCAGCAGCAGAGAUAGUGAUGCGUGCCAGGAAUCUGGUGUACCACCUGAACUGUUUCUCCUGUGCCACUUGUGACAAAGUGCUGUUCACUGGAGAUUACUUUGGGAUGCGGGAUACCUCAGUGUACUGUCAGGUACAUUUCGAGAUGAUACUACAGGGGGAAUGUCACUUAGAUUUCUAUUAUUCAGACAUAUCUCCAACAAAGCCACAAUCAGAGACUUCCAUACACAAUGAAGUGACCCCCGUGCAAAGAGGACGACCCCGAAAGAGGAAAAACUUAGAUGCAGCAAACCAAGUUAUUUAUAAUUCAGAUGCAAGCGAUAUGGGUGUGGACCUGGUGGAGAAUAAGAAAGAGUUUAGUUGUCAGAAGUCCAAACGCAUGCGUACGUCCUUCAAGCAUCACCAACUGCGCAGCAUGCAGGCCUUCUUCACACACAACCACAAUCCAGAUGCCAAAGACCUCAAAGAGCUCUCACAGAAAACAGGCCUCACCAAACGUGUGCUCCAGGUUUGGUUCCAGAACACCCGUGCAAAGUUCAGGAGAAAUCGUUUGUAUCAGGAGAGCAUGGGAGCAGACAAUAUUUUGGAAUCAGACAAUUCCACCAUCACGUCACCAUCUGUGCCUUCACCCGAGCUUUCCCUUGCUUCCAUGAGCCCAUCCAGCCCCAAUAGCAUCUCUCCAUCACAACACACAUGCACAAACUACAACAGCAUGAGCCCAUCACAAUGCAAACUUCCCAGUUUCUCCUGA